AUGCCUGAGAGCCAUUUCUCACUUUGUGCAGUUCGCACUUAUCCGGUGAUUGCAUCGGCGGGCAACACACAAUUCCGUAUCUUUAAUGGAAUUCCCGAUUGUGACUAUCGCCUAAGCACUAAUUUAGCUGCACGCAACAAUUUCACACUGAAUGGUCUGGACUUUUAUUAUAGUGGCAGUAUAGAUACCAUUAAUGGGACAUACACACUAACCUAUAGCAUUGAGACCUUAACCGAAGGCUGUCGCCAAUUGGAGGGGGGCACCCAGCAGCUCUAUGAGGCGAAGGCUCAUACAUUGUUUCUGCGACCCAAUCAGAUAAUUGGUAAAUAUUGGUACGAGGAUGAUAUACAAAAAUCAAACAAAUCCUUAGCCCAUGUCCGGACGCUGGCUAAUUUAUUGGCCACCACAAAGAUCGUAUGGACAGAGGUGAAGACAUCCAACACAGCUCUCGAAAUACAGGCACGAAAUCAUGAAUUGUAUGAAUUGAGCACAGUUCAGUAUGUGGUAACCGUCGGCGAGUAUCAAGUGGCCCAAGUGAAUCUUCGUCCUGGCGGUGUGUACUCUCUAGUGAUUGGCUCAGGGCAAAAUGGAUAUGUGGCAAGCAUGUUCGAGGUAACCCAACCGAAUUCCAUAAGUAUGCUCUGGUUGGUGCCACAGUAUGUGAUUAUGACACUGGGUGAGGUUAUGUUCUCGGUAACCGGGCUAGAGUUUUCCUAUUCCGAGGCUCCUACCAGUAUGAAGUCGGUGCUGCAGGCUUGCUGGCUGCUAACGGUGGCCUUUGGCAAUGUCAUUGUUGUGAUUGUGGCCGAAUUGAAGUUCUUUCAAUCACAGGCUAACGAGUUCUUCUUAUUUGCUGGACUUAUGUUUGUGGAUAUGUUAAUAUUCAUGUGGGUAGCCUAUUUCUAUAUACCAAAUAAUGGCCAAGAGAGCAGUGCUCAUGGUCGACGGCAUGACGAGGAUAAGUUGGACUAAAAUAUUUACCAAUGCCUCGUUAUUUAUCAGUAUUGAUUAUAAAUAUUUU